AUGGAUGAUCAAGAUGAGGAUGAUGUAACAAUUAUUGAUGCUAAAGGUAAAAAAGUGGUAAGUGGAACUGGAAGUAAUAAUAUUCAAUCAAAAAAGAAAAAGCAGAAAGGUCCUAUGGAUUUGUAUAUCACCCCUCCUCCGGAAGUAGUUGUGCAAAAUAGAAAAAAUGACAAGGCUAUUGGCCAACAUGGUCCAGGAAUUAAACCUCCUUCUUAUCAUGAGGUGAGAGUUCCCCUCCUCAAGAAAGAACUAGAGCAUAUAGACAAUUUAAUGCAGGAUCAUAGAGAGGAAUGGGCAAGAUACAGAUGCACAAUUAUGGCAGAUAGAUGGGAGGAUAAAAGACGCAGGUGUUUGAUUAAUUUUCUGGUGAAUUGUCCUAAAGGGACAAUGUUCAUUCAAUCUGUUGAUGCUUCCUCUUAUUCAAAGACCGGUGAAAAAAUGUUUGACUUGCUUAACAAGUUCGUGCAGCAAAUUGGAGUAUCAAAUGUGAUUCAAGUAGUCACUGAUAGUGCCUCUUCUAAUGUUGUGGCAGAUAUAAAUUUCAAUAUGUGGAAUAUCCAACUCCAUCACCCUUUGCAUGCAGCUGGGCAUUUCUUGAACCCAGAAUAUGUUUAUAGCAAUCCAAAUAUUGAGCAAGAUGAAGAGGUGAUGGGUGGUUUAUAUCAAUGCAUAGAAAGAUUGGUUCCAACCACUGAAGUACAAGAUAAAAUUUCUUUGGAGUUGAGUAGAUAUAUGAAAGCUGAUGGUUUAUUUGGCUCAUCAAUUGCUGUUAGACAAAGAAAGUCAAGGGCACCAGCCGAUUGGUGGUCCGCAUAUGGUUCCACAACUCCUAAUUUGCAAAAGUUUGCUAUUAAAAUACUUAUUCUCACAUGUAGCGCAUCUGGGUGUGAACGAAAUUGGAAUGUAUUUGAGCAUCUUCAUAGCAAGAAGAGGAACCGGUUAACUCAAUGUCGAUUGAAUGAUUUGGUUUUCAUCAAGAUCAAUCCCAUCAUUUUAAAUGAUAUAGAUGAUAGCAAUGAAUGGUUGGUUGGAGUAAUGGAUGAAGAUGUAGAUGCUGAAAAUGAGUUGGUGUUUGAAGAUGACUCUUUGACAUAG